UGAUUACCCACUCAACUAAGCAAUGCACUAGGGUUUUUGGUUAGGUUAUCUCAUAUAUAUAACCAAACAAGUGUCUUUGAACUCUUGACAUGAAUUUAGUUGCCAACUAAAAACACUACCUCCUGUUUCUCUCAAACAAUUUCCAACUUCCACUGUCCCAUUUAACUCCAUUUGUAGACUCAUAUGUCCUCAAGAAACUUGACAUCCACUAGGGUUUUCUUUAAGUUGCAUGUCUAAAAAACAAACAAGUUUCUUUUUGCUUUAUUAGGAUAAACUUGAGUUGAUGUUUUGGAGUACAAACCAUAUGAUACCCAACAUCUUUCCACCAAAGAUUCUAACUUUCACUUAUAACUUGCACUGUUCACUUGGGUUCUAACUCAAUCAUGAAACAGUCAGUCCACUAAAGUUUAUACAAGUGUCUUUUCUUCCUUCUUAUAUAAACUCCCUAAGCGAAAGCCAGCGCAAAUCGUAUAACCUGUCUUCUCUUUCUCUAGAGAUAUCCAAACUUGCUUGUGCGCAUUUGCAUCCAUAUAGACCCUUGCUCAAUCAAGAAAACCACCAUUAGGUUCCUUUGAGUUGCCUAACAUAGAAACCAAAGAAGGAUCUUUAUUUGAAAUCCUGUCAAAUACAUAUUCAUUUGGUUAACUAGAAGCAAAGAAGUUAAAGAGCCAAUGGGGUACCUUGAAUCUUCAAGUACAACUAGUGUUGUUAACUCUCAUUUGUAUUCUCAAGCACUUCAGAUGAAGAUAUACCAAGCAUUCAUAUUUUCCAUCCCAAUUCUCUUCUCCAUAAUACUAUUUCUCUUGUUUUACUUGUUCUAUCUCAAGAGGACUUUUAGCAGACGCAAUUCUUCUUCAUCUUCAUCCAUAAUCCAUCUAAGAACCUCAAGGACUCACGAUUCUUCGACUCUCUCUCAAGAUGGAUUAAAGGUAAAUCUUGAAGAUAAGCUUACUGUAAUCGCGUUGGACCAAGAUUUAUACGCAAAGGAUUCAAUGUGUUGUGUCUGUUUGGGAGAAUUUGAGAUAAAUGAAAAGCUACAUCAAAUACCAUCCUGCCAACACAUGUUUCAUGGUGAGUGCAUACGAAACUGGCUCGGUUCAAACACCACAUGUCCACUUUGCAGAUGCUCAGUUGUUAACACAUCCAAAGGCGGCCACCAUGAACCGCCCGUGAUUCCUCAACCAGCCAUGAUGAUCGACGUGGAUUCUAGCCCACGAGGGGUGGUUCCUUUAGAACGUAGUGUGGUCAUGCUUGAAGGGUCAUCUAGUUCAAGUAUGGACAAUAAGUUGUCUCAUUCGAAUGAAGAGUCUGUUGUUGUCAAUGUUCAAAUCCAUCAAUCUUGAGUUUUCUUCCAAGGAUUUUUGCUAGGAGGGUAGAAUAGUCUUUUCGGCUUGACGCAUGCAUGCAUUGAUUUUGUACCGAUUGUUAUCCAAGUUGUAAUACAAGUAGACAACUCGUGACAAUGCAAGUCAUCUUUUUUGGCAAGUUCGAAUAAUAAAUCGUCUAUUAGCA